UAAACAGCAGCCGUGAUGUUUGAAUGGCAGACAUAACUUGGUCAUGUGUGAACUUGAACGUGCACGGGCAGGAAAUAAAGCUCGCCUCUGGUCGUGUGUAACAGGGAAGUAAAACUUAUACGUUGGUAGGAGUUUUCGGUGUGCUCAAAUGCUCGGCACUCUAGAAGUUAAUUUGCCCUCGGUUAAAAAGACAGCAACUGUGCAGCUUUUAAUGGACAAAUGUGAGGAUUAAAGUGAGAGAUGGAGGCAGGAAAUGUUCAGUAGGGUGUUCGAUCCAGCGGAAUACUUAUGAGACAGCGGAGGACGAAGAGGAAACGGACCACAGCAUUUUUCAAUGUUUUGAAAUCAAUAUUUAACUGAAGUUUUGAAAGGCAUCCAGGUUCAGCAGUGUACACCAGGGAAAGGAAGACUGUCCAGCUGAUCCUAACAAUCAGACUGAACUUCUUGAAAAGCUUUUACCAACAAGCCCUGCUUGAUCAUGGCCCAGUGGAUACACAUGUCCCAGAUGAUCCAGCGCCUGUCUGAUGACACGGUCAACAACCUCUAUCCCCCAACCGCCUUUCCCAUUGAAGUCAGACAUUUUUUAGCUGAAUGGAUUGAGAGCCAAAGAUGGGAUGACUUUGCACUGGAAAAGGUGGAUCUGGAGAGCCAGGCUCAGACUCUGUUGGACCAGACCAUCAGCAUGCUGCAAUCCAUUUCGCAGCAGAAUGCCAACGUGGUGGACAGAAUGAAGUUGAUGCAGAUCAGCAGGAACAUGAGAAUGCUUAAUCAGCAGCCUCUACGAUUUGCAGUAAUGGUCAAGGAAAUCCUGGCGAAGGAGAGGGCUCUGCUCGGCACGCUUCCUCAGACGCCCAGCAGUACUCCACAGUACCAACAGCACCAGAAUAGAGAGAACUCGUUUCCCAGCAUGCAGGAUGUAGACCACCUGGUUCUAAAGGUGCUGGAGGUCCAGGACAUUCGGCAGAAGAUGCACCAGCUGCAAGAAGAGCUCAACUGGGAAAGGCAGAACUGUGAGGGUUUACAAGGGCCGAUCCAACAGAAUGGAAUGGAUCCCAAGAAUUCAGAAAUCCAGAAACUCCAGAAUCACAUCCAAAAGCUGGAGUACAACGUGAAAGCACUGGCCACGAAUCGUUUCCAGCUGCUGAAGGAGUGUGUGGACUGUUUGGAUCAAUGUCAGACCCGACUGAUCAGCAGACUGAAGGCGUGGCAGUGGGAACAGCACAAGGCAACCAUCGGACAUCCCUUUGACGAGAACCUCCACCCUCUGCAGACCUGGUGUGAGCAGCUGCUUGGCGUGAAUGGGAAGCUGAGACAGGAGUUAAUGCUGAUAGGGGAACCAAUCCCAGAGCUCCAGGAGAGGCUGGGGAAACUUCUGCAGGUUCUGAUCCAAAGCUCUCUCAUGGUGGAAAAGCAGCCGCCUCAGGUCAUUAAGACCCAGUCAAAGUUUUGUACAACAGUGCGAUAUUUGCUGGGGGAAAAAGUUGCUUCUGGGAAGCCUGUUGUGCUGAAGGCGCAGAUCAUAAAUGAAAUGCAGGCCAGGAAUCUGGGCAGUGUACCCGGCGAUAAUGUUGGGGAACUGAUCAACAAUACAGCCAUCCUGGAACACAACGCAGUCAGCAAGAGCACGUGUGCCACCUUCAGGAACAUGUCCAUCAAGAAGAUCAAGAGGGCCGACAGAAGGGGAUCGGAGUCUGUGACAGAGGAGAAAUUUGCUCUCCUUUUCUCAGCAGAGAUCACCAUCACAGGCUGUGACACUCCCUACAGGAUACAGAUGAUCUCACUGCCGGUGGUAGUCAUUGUCCAUGGUAGUCAAGACAACAACGCUCUGGCCACCAUCAUAUGGGACUGUGCUUUUUCCGAAUCAGACAGAGUGCCGUUCAUGGUGCAGGAGCGCGUGCCCUGGAGGAUGAUGUACAGCACUCUCAACAGUAAAUUCACCUCUGAGGUCCAGACCAGCCACAAUCUGGACCAUUACAACCAGCACUUCUUGGCCCAGAAGAUAUUUGACAAGCCAGAUUUUGCCGACGACUUCAGCAACAUUUUGGUUUCCUGGGGCCAGUUCAAUAAGGAGGUGCUCCCGGGCCGAACAUUCACCUUCUGGCAGUGGUUUGAAGGAGUGAUGGAACUGAGCAAGAAGCACCUAAAGACCUACUGGAGCGAAGGGCUUAUAUUUGGCUUCAUUGGGAAGCAGCAUCUACACCUGAUUCUCAAAGACAGGCCCAACGGGACCUUCUUGCUUCGAUUUAGUGACUCUGAGAUCGGAGGCAUCACCAUUGCAUAUGUGUCUGCUACUGACAAUGGGGGACAGAAAAUCCAGAACAUCCAGCCCUUCACCAAGAAAGAUCUUGAUAUCCGUAACCUUGGUGACAGCAUCCGGGACAUCAACAACAUCACACACUUGUAUCCUGCAUUUCCUAAAGAUGAAGUAUUCAAAAGAUUCUACUCAGAGCCUCGAGCCUCAACCCCCGGGGGCUACAUCCCUGUGUCUCUCCAGACUAGAGUUGGCACAGAGGGCAGAGAGGGCAGCUCAGCCAUCCCCGCCAUCCCCGUGACUCCCAGUAUGACCCCCAUCGCUGUAAGCCCACCAAGUAAUAUCUACCCUGUGAAUCUGUUCCAGCAGCCUUUAGGCCAGCAGGAGCAAGACAUGGAAAGUGGAGCUAGUGGGGAGUUCCCUGGCUUCAAUGAUCAGGCAUCUGCCAAUAUGGAAAUAGAUUUCGAAAGUUAUUUACAGAAUCUGCCGGAAUGAGGAUUUCCCAUCAAAGUUGUUUUUGGAGUGCAAAGCAGACAUUAGGAAGAGACCAGAGUCAAAGUCGUCUGUCUCACCUUCAAAUAAAAAAACAAAGGGCAUUCUGACUUUCUUCCUCCUUAUCAUCCUCCAGAUAAAUCCAACUUUUGAGUAAAAAUGUAUGAGAUGUCUCUGCAAUACAACUUGUUGAGCUGAUGCUACGUGACAGCAGGAAAUCCUUUUAUGGACAAAGUCAAACGGAGAACUAAGGAACAGAAAGAAUCAUCGCUGUCCGCUGGCUCUUCUUGUUGUACACCUGUACACUGGUGGCUUUAGGAUUUUGUUGAUUGCAUCAGUGGACAUCAGUAUGUGUGUUUUUAGCCAUGAUGAGGCAAGUAUUUCCCUCUUGUAUAUAACCUUUCCUAAGCCUCAGCUCAAGAAUGCUAUAAUGUUAUACACCCCUCCUACAUUAUGCAUGGUAAGGACUUCCGAACUUAGACAAUGUUAUUAAGCCUAACGUGUUUUAUGGUAUAGUAAAGAUAAGUUACAUUAAAGGGACAAUAAGCUUUUCCAUAACCAUGCACUGUGAAACUAUACAACAUUGAUGGACACUUACAAUUCACUUAUAAAUAGCAGAAGUGGCAGUGUUGAUGGUGGUGGGUGAUGUUUAUAUUAUAUCUGCCUUCUUAAAUACUUGAUAAUGUGUAUUUCUUUGUUAUAUGUGUUGUUCGUCACUCUCAGCCAAUAAUGCAUGACCUUAUGCAAACAAAUGAUUGGUAUCUGUCUACAGUCUUUGGAGUGAUACAAAUCAUAAAUAAAUGACCAGUGUAUGUCCAGACCUUUAUUCCUAUGCAAAUUCUCAAAUUAGAUGUUAUUUUAUGUCUUACGUGACAUUUGAAUGUUUCUUGGUAUUGGAGAGUAAACACAUGUUUGCUCAUGAGAUACAGAAUAAAGUGAUUAGCAUUGCAGUUAAUAUGAUGCAUUGCAGGGUGAAGAACAAUAUUAGUCUGAAAGAGGAAGCAGUUUCUUUACUUUGUGGGAGCUUUAAAUCCAAAUGUGUUCUCAUAUUAGCAGCCUUUAUCCGCAGCAGAAUGUACAUCAAAUCCAUCUUCCUCAUAAACCAACUUUUGGAUUUCAAAGUCAAUGUUGUGCACGUGUUGCUAUAAUGAUGUGUUUGAAGUACAGUGUUGCAUGUUUGUUUUCCGGAGGAGAACCUUUUUAUCUUUAGAUUGACUUUUAGAUAAAUAGUUUUGGGGCUACUACUAUAAUCUAUUUAAAUGUUUAAUUGUGGUGACCAAUAAAGUCUCAGUGUUUCUCAAUAAAUAAACUUGUGAAAUGUAUUUGCAAUAACUCAGUUAUGUCCAUUAAGCCAAACUUUACUGAUAUCACAGCUGUGUUGCACUUAUUGAUGCCCUGCUGAUAGAGGAAUAUGUCCUAGAAGUGGUUGCAGGCUGAUUCUUAACUUUAACUGCCCCGUACUAUCACACAAAUAGCCUUAUCUGAUUGGGAAAUGUUUGAGUAAAUAAAAUGUGUUACUUUGUUAAGUUCUCAGAAGUAACAUAUGUCAAAUAUGACGAUUUGAGUCAGAAUGCCCCUUUUUUUUAUACAUCUAAGAUUAUAUUUUCUUCAUAUAUCAUCUAUUUAAAGCACAUACUUUUCUAUGGUCAGUCUUAAAUAAAAACAGACAAAGAAAUGAUUGGAAACAUAAGAAUUUUCUGAUUUUUUUGACAUAUAAAAAUGAUAAAUCAAUGGCACUGUGAUUGGGAAGGUGUGCCUGGUACCAAAAAGGCUGUCCAUUCAGUGAAAGCAUAUUGGUGUAUGACAUAAACGGCAUCACUUCCAUAAUCCAUAAGCCAAAGAGGAGACAUUGCAUUACUAGCAUUGUAUAUUUCCUAUCCAUCCAGUUUCAACAAUCAUGAAAUGAUUUUAAAAAAGAAAGAAAACUUUACACUGUACAUCACAAAGCUUUUCCAUUAGAACAAUAAAUCUAAUUUUAACAUGUCACUAAAAUGUAAAUUCUAAUCAACCACUGCCAGGGAAAUCACACUGAAAAAAAAGGUUAUGUAGAGGAAGCAGAAAGCUAAUCAGCUUACAUGUCUGGUUCAAAUACUGCUCUCGGGAAAUGUGUCAAAAUGCUAACAUAUCUCAGUGACCCGUCCCCUUCCCUCCAUCCCAGCAGUUAGAUGUCCCCUCAUUAGAGUAGAACAAGAUGGCUGCCUUGUAAAUAAAGGGAGGAGGUAGGGUGAAUGAAGGAGGGAUGGAAGAGAGAGGGGAUGCCAGGCCAAUGUAGAGCUUCAACUUCCAAGUCAGUUCUCUUCAGUCGAUUGUAUGAAAAUAAAGGUGUACAGUUAUCACACUACAAAACACACUAAUGAUUUCAUCAUCUUGCGGUGACCUUCUCUCUUCACCCAAAUAUCAGAGAGGGGCUUGUCCAAUAAAACGAUCUCACUCCGUAAUAGCCACCAAGCUGAGCGUAGAAAAGAGAAGGCACCAGGUGUGGUGGCAACAAGCCACCACACCUCAUGCAAUCUUUCAUUUCUAACCUCGAAUUGAUGUAACAAAGACCCUUCAGUCGUGUCAAACAACACAAUUCAACUAGAAAAAACGUGUGUUCCUCAUGACAGCUUGUCAGGUUUGCUUGUAUUGUUUUUCCAUGGCAGACACGCAAAAGUAAAAGCAAACCAACUAUCACACACCUAUACAUGAAUCUGUGAUAAGCCCUGCUCUAAAAGCAGAAGAAAAUCAUUUAAAAUGUAACCCAAAACAAAUAUUCUUAAAGUUAUCUAAAGUGGUACAAACCUGCAGAUUUCCCAAUAUAAGGCAAUGGGUAACACAUUUGGUGGCAAUUAUACCAGUGUUUGUAAUGUAACCUAGCUGAAGACUGAGCUCAGAAACGACCAGGUAGCGUUAUGUUUUGUGGUAAUUUUAAUGUAAAUAUGUGUGCGUGCUUCACUAGAUGAAACACAAUCUCCAAACUGAAUAAAUGUGGCUUUCAGAAUUGA